UAGCAGAAGAGGAUAUGGUUUCAGAAGAGAGUUUCAACUUACAUCAAACCGAGGUAAAUUCAUCAACUGAAAAAGGAAUUACUAUAUCACAUCCAUCUGAAAUUCAUCUAACCUGGCAAAAUUUGACAGUUCUCUCGACGUCCCCUGUUCCUAUACAAUCUUGUUGUGCGAGAGGCAACGAAUCAGACCUAAUCCCAAAUAUCUUACUAAACGAAGUAUCUGGAGUUGCUCGACCAGGUGACUUUGUAGCAAUACUCGGAGCCAGUGGAUCUGGGAAAACCACCCUUUUAAACGCACUGGCGAGCAGACUGCCCAGAAAACUGGAAGUCAGUGGUGAUGUUAAAUUCAAUGGCCUAACAAUUCCAGAAGAUAAGAUCAAAGAUUUGUCAGGAUAUGUAGGACAAGAUGAUACCUUCGUCGCUUCAAUGACAGUAUGUGAAGUUAUCUUCUUUUAUGCAAGCUUAAAGCUAGAUCCACUUAUACCAAGGAAAGAAAAAGAGCUUAUGGCACUUGAAGCUCUUCAAAAGGUUGGGUUGAGCAAAAUAAAGAACAGUUUUGUAGGUGACGUUGACCGGCCAGGUAUUUCAGGAGGAGAGAAAAAAAGGUUAGCUGUGGCAACUCAACUUAUUUUUGGGGCUUCACUUUUAUUCUUAGAUGAGGUGACCAGUGGACUAGACAGUUUCAUGGCAGAAAGCGUAAUCAAAAUAAUGAAAGAUCUGGCUGAAUCUGGCUGCACAAUAUUGUGCACUAUCCAUCAGCCUUCGUCUGUUCUUUACGACUUCUUUGAUAAAGUUUGUCUGUUAUCGGAAGGUAAAAUAGCAUUUUUUGGCAGCCACACUGAUGCUCUGACACACUUUGAAGAAGCUGGAUACUCAUGUCCUCCGUACCACUGUCCAGCCGAUCACUUCAUCUACACUCUUGCUAUAAAAUCUGACGACGAGGUCAAAUGUAGAGAAAGAUGUGCCGACAUCGUACAAUCUUACGAGAGAUCGAAAUUCUACAAAAAAGUCAUCACUGACAUUGAGUCAAUUUCAAAGUAUCCCAACAAUAUUAACAACAAAGAUGUAACUACCACACAUAAAGCUACAACAUGGGGUCAGUUUUCGGAGAACCUCUGCAGAAGUGUAAGAGAGAUGAAAAGGAAUCCCAAAUAUGCCCGAGGAAGAUUUAUUUCGGAUAUUCUUGCUAUCGUUUUCUUGGGAUUUUUCUACUUUAACACAAGCAAUAACAUUGAUACGGUCAAGGUGGAUAAAGGUGGCGUUAUUUUCAUUUUAGUGUUGGUCUAUGCAGUAAGGUCUAUAGGUUGCUCUGCACUCAAAAUCCCAUUGGAAUUCCCCGUCAUCAGGAGAGAAUAUAAAAAUGGACUAUACUCAACCCUGUCUUAUUUCCUUUCGGUUGUGUUCUGUGAGUACCUGUUCGUCAUUCCGUCUCUUCUCGUUGAACUAGCUAUCUUCUACUUCGUGGUAGGUUUAAGAGCGGAUCUACAGGCAUUUUUCACCGCCUAUGCUUGUUUGCUUCUCCUAACCUGGACAUCUAAUGGUAUAGGUUGGUUGAUAGGAGUAGCGGCAGAAAAUCCAAAGGUAGCCGGUGCAAUUCCUGCAGCAUUCACUGCACCAUUCAUUUACCUUGGAGGCUUUCUGAAGGAUGAUGACGGGGUUGGGGUUCACCUCUUUGUUUUUAAAUACCUGUCCUGGAUAAGAUAUGGAUAUCACACCUUGAUGGUCAAUGAAUUCAAAGAUCUAACACUGGACUGUGGUGAUGAAGAAUGUCCAUAUAAUGGCACAACUGUUUUACUUGAAAUGGGGAUUAACCCAAGUGAGGUGUGGUGGCCCAAUAUGGUUUGCAAUUUUGUUAUUGGACUUGGAUGCAAUCUGUUAACCUGUUUACUUCUUCCUUACAAGACUGCUCGGUAACAAACUAUGGUCAAUGAAUGAUGGCUUAAAGUUUCGCUAAAAUCCCGUUCAGCGAGCCAUGCAUGAUCAUAAAGUUAUCAACACUAUAUUUCAAACCAUGGAUCCAUAUAAAUUUUAUUUGGCUUUGAAAUUGAGUAAACAAAGAAUCUCUUAAAAUACAGUUUUGAUGUGCUAAACCUUUGUUCGGUGACAUAAAACUAACGAUAAAUUUAUUCUUAUAAAACGAUUUAACACAAAUUUUUGAUAAUUAUUUUUCUCCAGAAAUUCCUGAAAACUUU